UGGUUGUGCCGAGUCGGGCGUAAUUUGCGUUUCAUACGGUACGGCGGUCGGUGUACUUACGGGAAUAUUCACGUUAGCAAGGAUCCGGAGAAUUGCUGAGUUCGAAUUUUUUAUUUUCCGAAAUGUGUUCGUGUCGUGCUUCGAUUUGCAAUUGCGCUUAAUCUAACAUGGAAAAUCGCUGGAGUUGCAUUGUACGUUAAUCGCAUCGCGGACGGGUAGUCGCUAUUAAUUAAGGAUGACGUCGUGCAAUGCAUAAACGAUACAUCCAAUUGGUUCAUUGGAAUAUCACAAUGGAACUGUCUAACGAAAUUGACGCCCUCGUCGCUCCUUUCACGCAAACUGUUGCCAGGCAAGACUCUGGAGUACCUGAGGACCUUGCAUCUCCAACAGAUACAAGGCUGUUGGGUGACGGCGACGAUGCUGACGAAACCAUGAACAGCGAUCUCAAUAUCACUGUAAUACAUGUAGUUCGUGAUUCGACGUGCGACGGGGAGGAAUCGCUGACAAUGACUGCAGGUACCGAGGUUAAAGAAUUUCCAGGGGAGAGCAAAGACAGUAAAGAUGGGAGUGAUAGUGGAGUCGAAGGAUGUGCGACGGAAGUAUUGAGAGUUCGUAGUAGAAAUAGUGUAGACUAUGGAAGUAGCUGUGGGGGAUUGGACGAAGCGUCGUGUGAUUCGAGUCUCGUUAGCUGCUGCUCUGUCUACGAAGAUCCCUGUGCCACGCUCCCAGACGACUUGCGGCUUAACACCGGGGGAGAAGGUACCAGCGAAGGUGGCAGCGAAAGUUCCUCCAUAGCUGGAAGCAUAUCUGCCAGAGGUACGAGGGCAAAUGGAAAACGAACCGUCAUAGCGUCAGCCACAAAUAAGAAGAAGCUCGGUGUUGCCGAGCCUCAAAAACCAUCCCGUGUCAAGCCCAGCGCCUCGACUAAUCCAGCAGUGGCUUCUCCUAGGUCUAAAACACGAGUUGUUGCACCACGAACCGUUCCGUCAAAACUCCAGCCGGGAUCCAGGGACAGAGGUCGCUCGAAAGAAACAAAACACUCCUCCCUUAAAGAUACAGCCAAGGAAAUUACUCCGAUAAAUGGCACGUGUCGUCAGGCUGCUACACAACGACCAAGUGCUACGCCUGGCUUUCAUCGAACUCGCACAAGAGCGAUCCCCGAAUCCCUGCCAUCAGCGCUGACGACAGAAAUUAAUAAAGAUUUGGCACAAAGAGGACGGGGCACCAGAUCCAGAGGGGGAUCUAGUGGCAGGGGGCGAACUCCCGGAUCCACUCCUUUGGACGAAGGUAAAAAACUUCCGAGCACUCCACGGGCAAAUUUCGCAACGUGCAUGGAGCCUCAAACCGUUCGCAAGGACAAAAUCGCCACUAGUUUAGAUAACAAAGCGUUGGAUACAUAUGCCACGUUGCCUAGAAGAAAUAGAAGUAAAUUUGCAGUUCCUAAGUCAAACGAGAAAGCGGCUAGAAGUCGAUCAGGUAGCAGAGAUGCUAGCCUGAAUAGAAUGAAUGGUAAAAAAUCGGUUCCCAUGAGAGACGCAACGCCUUACAAAUCUCUACCUUCUUACGCAAGGAUAAAACCCGCAGAGAAAACGCGCAUUUAUCACGAAAUUAGUGUGCAGACUGGCCUGACCAGAGCAGACAUGGACAAUGUCUUUGCCGGACUUGUCGCCACUAUGCCAGAUCCUGCCAGAGUGGAUAGAUCGGAUAGAAGUUGUCAGACCGAAGGCUCCUGGAAAGACACAAAAUUGAUGCAAACCGAAGUUGAACGAGUCACAGAAGUGGCUGCAUCCUCUCAGCUAGAAAAUGAGAAAUUAAAGAUAGAGCUUGCCCAAGUCCGACGGGUAUUGGAAGAGGAAAAAGCUGAUCACGCGUUUGCUCGCCGAGAACUGGAUAGGAACGCUCAGAGGGUUUUGGCCAUGCUCGGUACCCCUCAAUCAGAACAUACAGAAGGGGACAGCUUCCUGGAACUGGAAUCCCAUAUACAAUCAUCGGGGCAAGUCGUCGCUAAUCAGCAAAUUGAGAUCGAGGACCUACAAUCCCUUUGCCGUAUGUUGAAUAGGGAUUUGGAAAAAAGCAUGGUUGUGCAAAAAACAUUGCUGCAACAGCACCAAGAGUUGGAAGCAGAAUCGAUAGAAAUGCAAGAUUUUCUUCAGGAAGAGAAGGCUACACUGGCUGAGGCGCUUAAAGAUGCAGAAGCUGAGAUAAAAAAGAAGGACGAAUUGGUCAAACGAAGCAACUCUGAGCUAGGAAGGCAGAUCGAAGAAUGUAAACAUCUGGUACGCAUCAGCGAGCAACGAAGGCAAGAAAACUUGUUGAUGAAUCUAAAAUUAAAUGCUGUGGAGAGACGGAGCAGAGAUUUGCUCUUGAGUCAGGGAGCGGCGGUAUCCGGAGCGGCUGUGGCCUUGUCCGGAUUGGGAACGAGGCUGGAGGCUUUGGUGGAUCAACUUGUUACUUCAUACAAUAUUUCUGAAAAGGAUCUUGAGGAUGUCAUAUAUAUUAACGAAGCAUACAGUUGUAGUAACAGCAGUGUCGAGUCAAGCCCUGUUAGCUCUAGGCAAAGUCUCAAAGAGUUCACGCCAAGUCCAAAGAGAGGUUCCUUUGUAUCAGCGGUUAUUGGUGCUAUCAGAAAUGCAGCAACACAUCCGUUUGUUGGAAAACCUGCGGAUAGAAAACCUGCAUUUAUUGAACCCGCUUUGAAGCAAUUGCACAAGGAAAUAAGCUUAGACUCGUCAUCCGACCUGUUGGAUUUCGAGACAGAACCAUGUCUAAUGAUGGAAAGUGUCUUGGAGGAUGUUCCUUUGCCAGAUACUUACACCCACAAUAUGGUAUCGAGCAGCGACUCGCUUCGCAGAACACUGGGUUCCACGGAAAAUGGGCUUGAAGAGAGUUCUAAGCAGGGUCGAUUUGCUGAUGAAUCCACUAGCCUCUCAAACCUCACACAGGCUAUUCUGCAUCGCCGUAAGGUGGAAGUUGAAGAACAUGAUGAAUGCGAAUCCUUGAGCGAAUCCGAGACUGGCAUCACUGAUAAUCCAGGACCUCUUACAGAUUAUUGUCCAGCUAUUUCUCUUGUCGAUCAAGUGAUUGAUGUUGACAAUCUUGUCACUAAACUUUUGAAAGUUCUCCGAAUUAUACAGCUGGAUAAUGAUACGUGCAUACAAGAGUUGAGGGAGGAAAAGUCUGAACUGGAAUGCAGGUUGGAAUCGUUUGUUGGGGAAUUGGAAAAGGUUCAACAGCCAGCACGCCAUCUCUGUGAAUCAGAGAAUCCAUUGCCUAACAUGACUGGUGAAAAAAAAAUGAUAGUCAAUCAAAGUUGUCACAGUUAACGAUACGGACACAUUGUUCUAAAACAAUUACUAAUCUCAAGUCUGCAGCCUGCGGACACUUUAAGAAUUUACCGGCUACACGUCGUUCGAAGCAACAUUGAGGGGCAAAAUUAGCUGUAAAAAUAAUAUCUAUUUUGUGUGAAACACUUAUACUUUCUUUCUCGGCUAAUCCUAUCAUUAAUGCGUUAUUGGGAACGAUAUGGAAAAUUGCUUUAAGAUUCUUAGUUUUCCGUAACUUCUGGUCCGUUAAUGAACGCCUGUACGCGUGUACAUAUUCAAUCAAAAAAUCUAACCUAAAUCAUUAAUCACUUUAUUUUUCAAAACCAAAAAUUCUCGAUAAAACUUCUGAACUUAUCAAUCAUGCUAGUCAGUCGGAAAAUACGAGAAAUUUAAAAUUAUAACUUACCAAAUUUCAUUCGAGAUUACCGAAUGAGUAGGGAUUUAAUAAUAAUUAAUAAAUGCGACAUCCACUUUACUACAGUUAUCAAUAUGGUUCAGAUCUGUGAAAAAUACGAUGAAUGCUACGGCUAGCCACAGCCUAAUCAUGCGGCAAACUAGUUGACGACAGUGGUGAAAAUCGGCCCUGGUUAAAGCGCCUGAUCUAUAGAUUCCUUGUCUAAACAUUGACUAUACGUAUAUAUGUGCUCGCAUAAAAUAGUUGAUUUCCUCUUUACACGCUUCACAAAUUCAUGAUCACACUGUGUUGCAGCACAUUUUUUGAAGAACCCAACGUUUCAAACACAUAAAUUGAAAGGUAGCGAUAGAGUUAUAACGAAACUCGGAUACCCGCUGUAUGUCACCUGGUUCCUAGCUGACACGAAUUAGCACAAUUAUAACAUUCACUCAUUCACCAAUUGUUAUUAGGUAAUCAACGUUCGGCUGCAUUUUGCAACCGUAUAAAAAAUUUUUUUACAGACCACUCAAAUUCGUAUUAGAAAACAUUCUUAUUCAUUCCUAUUCCAAUCAUUAAUUUUCCCCCUGAUUCAGAACAAAACGUUUGGAAUUGUAAAUUUAUGUUCGUGGGUACUGAAAACUAUUGAGAUCUCAGUUAAGAUAAUUCGUGUAACCCUGUACGUACCGUGAACCACCUAUAUGUGACAAAGCGGACCCUCGUCAUCGACCCAGGGAUCGACUUGCAGCGGUUACUGCUCAUAAUCUCAACCAUCCUGGACGGGCACAUUUCACCAAAUAUCCACAGUAUAACGAAGGUGCAUCGAAAACUGUUGAUCACCGUGUGCUCUGCAGACGCGUUGAUGAAAAAUAUUUUCUGUUCUAGCAAUUGAACUUUUUCACAUUUUUGAAUCGAAGUGUCCUAGAUAUACGAUCAUUUCUCCAAUUUUUUUUCCAAAUAUUGUAAUUAGGUAUGAUAAACCAAAGAUAUUUUACCGUAUGAACGGACGUAAUACACACCUAUGUAUACAUGUAUACCUGUAUAUUACAGCGAACGAUAUGCAGAUGGGAAUUUCUGCAAAUUAUUAGUAGACUUUCGGAAAUCAAAAAACUAAUAUCGAUCGCAGAGUUUAUUGUUGUACAUACCAAACACUGAAAAACCUGCAAGAGCCUUACAAGCCCUUGGUUUAAUGGACAUUGUUCGGUUAUUGACAUUUGCGCUUUCCCUCACAGCUGAAAUCUAAUCUGUCAGUGUUUCCUGCGAGAUCACAAAUGACGGGAAAAUUUAGGCAUAAAUAUGACCUUAUGUUGACAACUCUGUUCACUUUCAUACACACUCAAUUGUCCUUGUUUGCACUGUCAGACAAACAAGAUCACCGAUAAGUUGACUCGCAAAAAGUAUGUUACGCAUUUCAACGUUGUUCAGGUAAAUUCUUCAAAACUUAUUUUCAGUACGAAAUGUAAGUUCCUCUUUUAAGAAAUGUACCAAAGUUUCGCAGCGCGGAUCGGGGUCGUCGUUGUCGUGUCAUGGGACCGCUGUGCCCUCGUUUUAAUCGGUUGUUACCUUGAUAUUUGCAGCCAUGUCCGAAACGAUCUACAUUGCAUUAAAAGAUGAAUCAGUAACAUCAAACACAGUCAAGUUCUUCAGUGGGAUUGGCGAAAUUUAAAAAAUGUACAUUUUACAUCGUUGGCGAUUGAGGAGAGAGCGACAAAUUUGCAAAGUUAAGUAAAAAGUAUGAAAUUGACACGCUCAGGAAUUGGUCCAAUUCACUUACUGUAAAAUCAAUUCUUUUGUGUAGAAAAAUUGUCAGGAUGAUUCGUGGAAUUCCCAAUGCCCACAGGUCUAUUUUAAUUCCACUGUACCGUUGUCGGAAAAGAGCAAAAUUCUUACUCUACAAAUAAUUCUGGCACACACCCAAAAGACACCCUGAAAAAUGUCCCCAAUUAUUUAAUCAAUCAUAUAUAUAGUUACGAUACGUGCGCUGUAUUCUGUGUACUACAGACGGGCCAUUCCCGAACGGGACAAAAUGUGAUAGAACGAAUCCAAAUACCGUUACACUGUAUCCUAGCGUUAAAUGUUUUUAUACACAGCCAAUAACUUGAUGCCAAAUAGUGGUAAAUAUUGUAUUUUAAUGUGUAAUCAAAUAAAACGUGCAACGAGAUGCAAAAGACAA